AUGUUUCACGGAGCUUCAAGAUCAUUGGCAACUAAUUAUACCUGUCCAGACGACUACCCGAUGUUAUACGAAAAAAACUCUGAAUAUGCUUGUGUAAAGUGUAGCAGAGGGUGGUAUUUGAAUGAAAGCACUAGAAGCUGUGAAAAAUGCCCUUUAAAUACAUAUAACGAUCAGGAGGGCAAUGGGGAGUGUACUGACUGUCCAGACAACACCAUAACGGGUGCUAUAGGAGCAAUAAUGCAGUCUGACUGUUACCAGGACUGUCUGCCUGGCUGGUAUUUUUCAAGCGAGCUGUCAGCUUGCGACCGAUGCAGAAUCGGUACCUAUCAACCAGAUCAUGGAUCUACUGACUGCUAUUCAUGUGGUCCAGGGUCUACAACAAACCGUACACUUGCUUCAAAAACACUGCUUACUUUACUGGACCGGUGGCUUUCCAGGGUGCUACUACGUAAAACUAUAAGUGUUGACGAAACAUGUAAGGACUGCCCCGCUGGAUCUUACAAGCCCGAUGACCAAAGUGUAGUUACUUGCAUUGCUUGUGAAAGUGGCUUUAGCAGUCCGCAAGGAAGCAUUAGUCGUUAUAACUGCAAUAUCCCAUUUUGUCCUACUGGCACAUACUUCAACCCAGACUGUCCAGAAAUAAUUAAUGAAGUUGACAAUAAGCUUGAAGACGUUUGUAUUCUGUGUCCUGUCGGUUCUUAUCAGCACUCAGAAAACCAAACGUCAUGCAUUCCUUGCCCCAACGGAACAACUACAAAUGAUGAGGGGUCGAAGAAUAAUAGGGCAUGCGUACUCAAACCACCACUGCCUAUUCCCCCCAAACCAGUACUACAACCGAUUUAUUCUUCUGGUUCAUGGUAUUUAUGGAUCAUCGUUGGAGCUGCUUCAGUAGCUAUGGCCAUAUUUUUCAUCCUUUCUUUAUUCCUUUACAGAAGAAACUUGACGAACUUCUUGACGUUCUUUACUUCAAGGAAUCUGAAGACCAUGGAAACAACUGAUUAUUAUCGCCAUGAAGCUAUGUAUUCUGCACCAGUGGUUACUACGUUACCUUUUUCAGCGAUGAACAAAGAUGCAGUCAAUAAUACAAACCAACCUCAGAUGACGGAGAUAUAUAAUCAAAUUUUUACUGGUUUGCAACAAAUGGUAGACGGAUCGGAUGACAGUCGAUCAAAAGAUUUUGACGAAGUCGAUUCAUUUCCUCGUGGCCAUCUUACUGUUAAUACGCGGCUGCAGGCUGAUGACUGUUACGAUCCGAAAGCCUUGGGGCUGGAUUCGUCCGGUUAUCCCAUAGAUUCAGCUGAUUAUGAGCGAGCUGCCUUUGAACAAAAAAAUUUCACCAGCAAAAUUCAAGAGACGAGGAGGACGAGCAAUAUUUUACUGAGAAGGCAUAAUGGAUUUGUCGACGAAAGUACGACUUACCGUCGACGUGUCGAGACAAACUCAAUACCAUAUUAUUAUAAUGAAAAUGAUUACUGGGCCAGGCAAGGGACUGGGUUUCACAAUGAAUACAACAGCAACUCUAGGAAGGAUUCUUACCGUCACCGAACAAACAUUGAAGACGACGAUGAGAACUAA